CUGCCCCUUCAGCGUGUGUUAACGGUGGAAGUGAAGAUGGCGAGCUGGUGUGUACGAGCUGUCAGACAAAGCUACUCGGUUGUAGCAUCUCCAUCACUAAUAAGAGCGUCUUCGGCGCGGCUGUUAUGCACGGCGGCCCGACAGAAGAACAACAACGGGUCAGAGGAGGAUGCAGGAAGCCAAAAGCCGGAGCAGAGCGCGUCAGAGAAGGCCUUGGCUGAGGAGAAGAGCCAGCUGGAGGAACAGCUAAAAGAGGUCACGGAUAAGUACAAGAGAGCGCUAGCAGAUACAGAGAACCUCAGGACGAGGAGUCAGAAGAUGGUGGAGGAUGCCAAAUUAUAUGGAAUCCAAGGGUUUUGUAAAGACCUGUUGGAGGUGGCAGACAUCUUGGAGAAGGCUACGGAGAGUGUUCCCAAGGAGGAGGUGAACUCUCAGAACCCCCACCUGAAGAAUCUGUACGAUGGGCUGGUGAUGACAGAGGGCCAGAUGCAGAAGGUCUUCACCAAGCACGGCCUGGUCAAGAUCAACCCCGACGGGAAGAAGUUUGAUCCCUACGAGCACGAGGCCCUCUUCCACGCCCCCGUCAAAGGCAAGGAGCCUGGCACUGUUGCCGUGGUUACCAAGGUGGGCUACAAGAUCCAUGGCCGCACCCUGCGGCCAGCGUUGGUGGGCGUGGCCAAAGGACCUUAAGAGAAGUUGAUUCUGGGUUUUGAAGAACACAAAAUUGUGGGUUGUUAUUUUGUGGUUCCCUGGGCAACGGAUAAUCUAUGGUACAACAGGCUAGUCAUAGCCCCCCAAGUUACUCCCCUCCCAGGUUACCCCCCCAGCCUCCCUGACAUCCAUCCCAUCCACAGGUGCCUCUAAAAGGCAGGAAUCCAACACGACUGACGGGCUGUUUUUUUUCUGUUUUGAAACCGAAGCCACAAUCGAAUGGCAGUAGAGAACAGAGCUGGUUGUAAGUAAUUUCAUCAUCAAUGUCAGAUUCCAGCUCUCUUUUUUUUUGCCAGUCUAUGUAAUUGUGCUGUUUCUUAUGUUAUGUCAUGGGGGAAUGUAAUGGACCUCAUUGAUUUUAUACCAUUACUGUUUUCAUAGGAGAACCACAGAAAUUGACUUGGGUCUUUAUAUUCUGAGCAGUUUGUCCACUCUAAUAUUCACAUGAGUGUAGGGAGGCAGAUAAAAUGGGUUGUGUUCACCAAUUCAGAGUUGAUGCUAUAAAGAAAUUGUGUGAAAUGUUUGACCGAUCCUUAUUUUGUUCUUCUCAGUCACUGCACAUCAUAGUAGAGUAUAUGGUUCUCAAAAUGUAUCUAAAAUAAAAGAAUCACAGAUAUAGUUCCUGCAGUAAAAGGUUGAAAGGUGUGUUGGGAUUUUGAGAACACAAGACAUUGUUCAUUCAUAAAACAAUUUGAAUUGAAUGCUACAUGUGAAUCUGUGGACGAACGUCCAAUUAAGGGUCGCAGCAUCUUAAUAAAUAUAUUAACUGUGA